AAAAAAAAAAAAAAAGUGAUGAAAGAGCAAACAAACACAGACUCGAAAUUAGAGCUAACUGCUCUUAUGGAGUCAAAAAAUACACUAUAAAAUAGAAUAUAAAUAUUCAUAUAUAUAUAUAUAUAUAUAUAUAGUCUCUCAUCCCUCCGCGUGAAAACCAGCUAGCAAACCUGGUCUAAUAUUAUAAUCUGCAAAGAGAAAGAGAGAGAGGCAUCCAAGGUGUGGGGGUGGUGGAGGAGCUGCAGUUAUUUUUUUGUUGAUCUCAAGGUUGUUUUUCUUUAUUUGUUUUUGCUUUUGUUUUUUGUUUUUUGUUUUUUUGUUUUUUUGUUUUUUUUUUUUUUUAAAAUUUUUUGGCUUUGGAUAGUAUAGUAGUAGAAGAGGAAAAGAACACUGUUUUUCCUUUGAGUUUGAGUUCAAAGCAAGAAAGCAAGAAAAAAAAAAGGGGGAAAAAAAAAAAAAAACAGAGAGAGAGAGAGAGAGAAAGAGAACAGAGAGAAAGAGAGAGAGGCUGCAAAACCCAAUGAUGCAAACCCGAGAAGAAAGGUUUGGAAAUUGAGGCAAAUGUCUUCGAUGCCCAGCUCGAGGCAAUCCAUCUUCUUCUUCUUCUUCUUCUUCUUCCAAAACCUUUCUUGUUCCUCUUCUUCAUUCUCUAUCUUUCUACUUCUCACUCUCUUCAAUUCCUCUGUUUUCUCUGUUUCUGCAAACCAUGAAGCUUUUCUUCUCUAUUCAUGGCUGCACAGCUCUUCUACUUCACCACCACCACCGUCUUUCUCAGACUGGAACAUUGUUGAUUCCAACCCAUGUAACUGGACCUCCAUAUCUUGCUCUCCACAAGGUUUCGUCUCAGAGAUCAAUAUCCAAUCAGUCCCUCUUCAGCUUCCAUUGAUUUCCAAUCUCUCUUCUUUUCAUUCCCUUAAAAAACUUGUAAUUUCCGACGCUAAUCUCACUGGAACUAUACCGCCUGAGAUUGGUGAUUGCACUGAACUUAUUCACAUCGAUAUUAGUUCGAACACUCUCGUCGGCUCUGUUCCUUCUAGUAUCGGUAAGCUUCACAAACUCGAGGAUUUGAUUUUCAACUCCAAUCAGCUCACUGGGAAAAUCCCAGAUGAGUUAAGCAAUUGCACUGGGCUAAAGAAUCUGCUUCUUUUCGACAACCGGCUGAGCGGGACUAUUCCGGUGGAGCUCGGAAAACUUUCCCAUCUCGAAGUUCUUCGAGCAGGAGGGAACCAAGACAUUGUUGGGAAAAUCCCAGAAGCGCUUGGAGAUUGCAGAAAUUUGACAGUUUUGGGACUAGCUGAUACCCAAGUUUCGGGUUCAUUGCCAACUUCAUUGGGUAAGCUGAGCAAGCUUCAAACAUUGUCCAUAUACACCACCAUGAUCUCUGGUGAAAUCCCAGCUGAAUUAGGUAACUGCUCUGAGCUUGUGAACUUGUUUCUUUACGAAAACAGCCUCUCCGGUUCCAUACCACCGGAGCUCGGUAAGCUUCAGAAGCUAGAACAAUUGCUGUUAUGGCAGAACAGUCUUGUUGGUUUAAUCCCAGAAGAGCUUGGAAACUGUACUAGCUUGAGGAUGAUCGAUUUGUCAUUGAAUUCAUUAUCUGGAAUCAUACCAUUAUCAUUUGGAGGUCUUUUAGAGCUUGAGGAAUUCAUGAUUAGCAACAACAAUAUCUCUGGUUCAAUACCCUCUGACCUUUCCAAUGCCAGAAAUCUGAUUCAGCUUCAGCUUGAUACAAAUCAGAUCUCAGGUUUAAUCCCACCAGAGCUUGGAAUGUUAUCGAAGCUGAAUGUUUUCUUCGCUUGGCAAAACCAGCUUGAAGGAAGUAUACCUUCAACUUUGGCUAAUUGUAGUAAUCUUCAGGCACUUGACUUGUCACACAACUCUCUCACUGGUAGCAUACCUCCUGGUCUUUUCCAGCUUCAGAAUCUCACAAAACUCCUAUUGAUUUCAAAUGAUAUUUCGGGUUCGAUACCCGAAGAGAUCGGUAACUGCAGCUCUCUUGUGAGAUUGAGGCUUGGAAACAAUAGAAUUGCUGGUGGAAUUCCUAGAACAAUUGGUGGUCUCAGGAGCUUGAACUUCCUUGAUCUUUCAUGGAAUCGACUUUCGGGGUCUGUUCCUGAUGAGGUUGGAAGCUGCACAGAAUUGCAAAUGAUCGACCUCAGCAAAAAUGUCUUAAAGGGUCAGCUGCCUAACACUUUGUCAUCUCUAUCAGAGCUUCAGGUGUUGGAUGUUUCUGAUAACCAAUUUUCGGGUCAGAUACCGGCGAGUUUCGGUCGCCUUAAGUCGUUAAACAAGUUGAUUCUGAGCAGAAAUCUGUUCUCUGGAUCAAUACCUUCAUCACUUGGACUCUGCUUGAGUCUCCAAUUGCUUGACCUCAGCAGCAAUGAGCUCACAGGUACUAUUCCAGUGGAACUUUGCAAGAUUGAAGCACUUGAAAUUGCUCUGAACCUUAGCUGCAAUGGAUUUUCUGGACCAAUUCCAUCUCAGAUAUCUUCACUGAACAAGCUUUCCGUACUUGACAUCUCACAUAACAAGCUCGGAGGUGAAUUGAAUCCCCUAGCAGGGCUCGAUAACCUCGUCUCUCUCAAUCUUUCUUACAAUAACUUCACUGGUUAUCUUCCAGACAACAAGCUCUUCAGACAGUUACCACCAACUGACUUGGCUGGAAAUCCGGGCCUCUGUUCUUCAACAAAAGGUCCGUGCUUCUUGAGUGAUAUUGGCCCCAGUGGAGUGCCAAGAACCGAAGAUGAAAUCAAGCGAUCGCGGAGACUUAAACUGGCAAUUGCAUUGCUGAUCACAUUGACAAUAGCAAUGGUGGUAAUGGGAGUGAUCGCGGUGAUUAGAGCACGAAGAACUGUUCGAGAUGAUGAUGAAUCAGAAUUGGGAGACUCAUGGCCAUGGCAAUUCACUCCAUUCCAGAAGCUCAACUUCUCUGUGGAACAAAUACUGAAAUGCCUAGUGGAUUCCAAUGUGAUUGGAAAAGGGUGUUCUGGAAUUGUUUACCGGGCUGAUAUGGACAAUGGUGAAGUCAUUGCAGUGAAGAAACUCUGGCCUGCUGCAAUGGCAACAGGCAAUGGAUAUCAUCAUGAUGACAAAAGUGGAGUUCGGGAUUCAUUCUCAGCGGAGGUGAAAACAUUAGGUUCGAUUCGCCAUAAAAACAUCGUUCGAUUCCUAGGAUGUUGUUGGAAUCGAAACACGAGAUUGCUAAUGUAUGAUUACAUGCCAAAUGGAAGCUUGGGGAGUCUCCUCCAUGAGAGAACAGGAAAUGCAUUGGAAUGGGAACUUAGAUACCAAAUCUUAUUGGGUGCAGCACAAGGCCUUGCUUAUUUACACCAUGAUUGUGUGCCUCCAAUUGUUCACAGGGAUAUCAAGGCCAAUAACAUCCUUAUAGGCCUAGAAUUUGAGCCUUACAUUGCUGAUUUCGGCUUAGCCAAGCUAGUUGAGGAUGGCGAUUUUGCUCGUUCAUCCAACACGGUUGCUGGUUCUUAUGGAUACAUUGCUCCUGAAUAUGGCUAUAUGAUGAAAAUCACAGAGAAAAGUGAUGUUUAUAGCUAUGGUGUAGUUGUAUUAGAGGUAUUAACAGGAAAGCAACCAAUUGAUCCAACAAUACCAGAUGGUCUACAUGUUGUUGAUUGGGUUAGACAGAAGAGAGGUGGAAUUGAAGUACUUGAUCAAAGUCUACUUUCAAGACCAGAAUCAGAGAUAGAGGAAAUGAUGCAGGCAUUGGGGAUAGCUUUACUUUGUGUAAAUUCAAACCCUGAUGAGAGACCAACCAUGAAAGAUGUGUCUGCAAUGCUCAAAGAGAUCAAGCAUGAAAUGGAAGAAUAUGCAAAAGUUGAUGUGCUUCUCAAAGGGUCACCAGCAAAUAAAGAUGUUCAAGUUCAACAUGAUACUAAAGGCUGUAAUAGUGGAGUUUUAGGAGCAACAUCUUCAAGAGCUGCUGCAAUGCAAAGCUUGUUUCUUAAAAGCAAUAACACAAGCUUCUCUGCUUCAUCACUUCUUUAUUCGUCUUCAUCUAAUUCCAAAAUGGGUUUUAAGUCAUAAAAAUUUGUAUAACAUUUUAUAUACAAGCAGUGUAGAAGAAGAAGAAGAAGAAGAAGAAGCAUGUCAUUUCUAUUAUCUGCAUCAGUUUUUAAAAACUUUUAUGUGUUUUCUAUAUAACAUUGAUGUAAAGAAGAAAAAAAUGUUGAAAUAUUUGUUAUACAUAAAAUGCAGAGCAACAAUAGAGCUCUCACUGAGUGCAAGUUUGGCUUUUUA